CGAGCAUGUGCGAAAAUACUUCAACCCGGAGAGCUUCGAGCCGGUGGCGUUUCGAGGCACGGUCAAAAUGGGGUUCACGGCGCUAAUGAUGGCAGAGCUGGUGGCCUUCUUCCUCCUGCAGCAUAGUGCUGACCUUGAAGAGCUGCCGCACUAUAUUACAGAUAUCGUUAUAAUGAGCAUAUCGCUGCUGGAGUUCCUCGUGGUCCCGAUAAUCAGUGGGCUGGGCUCAGAGAGGAGGAGGAGCGUGCUAGUGGGAUGGACCAUCGCCGCUCUGGUUGUCACGGUGCCUCUGUUUGCGUUGCCCGGCCCGGAUACUACUGUCGAUGAAGGUCUUUGCGGAACCGUAGUUCCACUAGCUACGGGUAUCUCCAAGAAGACUGCCAUCCGUCUGUCCAUGCUGCUCAUAUGCGGGGUAGUGGCCGCGCUCGGAAGAGCGGCCUUCUUUUCGCAUGGAAUUGCGUAUUUAGAUGAACAGAAUCCUUCAUAUAACCUGCAUAUGCAUGUUGGUCUCUUCAUCCUAUACCGGGUGUUGGUGUUCACCUUCGGUAGGACUUUGAAAACCUUGAGCUUGGAAUUGGCUUGGCUGGUGAUCCUGAGCAGCGUCAUCAAGUGCCUGAUCACGUUGGUCCGGCUCCACAGGUAUCCUGAGGCGAUUCCGGCGCCGGAAAUAAAACGUGGAAGUGACAAAGGUGUACUCCGUAGCAUGCGUCGUGUUCUUGGCAGCAGAGUGGGAGUCCUGCAAAUCCUGGCGAUGGCCUUACUGGUAGCUGCUUGGCGGGGCUUCGGGCUGCAUGAUGCGGCCUUUGCCCAGCUAGCUGGAUACCUCUACACCGCCCCCGUUAUGCCGAAGUUUGACCGUAACGCAGCAGUCGCCAACGCCGCAAAGAUGAGUUUCCUCGCUACCGCGUUCUACUUUGCGAUGACGGCGGUGCUGAGCUGCAAUCGAAGCGGGAUUGGAGGCUUGACCGAGCUUAAUUAUACUCAGCCUGCUUGUGGACUAAACUGCGAUUGCGAUCGACCAUGGAUGGAGUAUGACCCCGUCUGCGUCCCCGAGCAGAUGACGACGUAUUUCUCUCCUUGCCACGCCGGCUGUGCUACAGCGGACACUGUUAAUACCAUUGGCGUAUACUCGGAGUGCUCAUGCGCGCCGGGCGGGCGCGUCACCAGAGGCGCGUGCGACGACGGCUCCUGCGCCAGUAUCUACUCAUUCCACCAAACGAUGUAUGUGGUGGUUUGGUUGGUCAGCACAUUGGCGUUCGUUUGGCAUACCACCGUGUUGUUGGAGUCAGUGGACAAGCGUGACGUCGCGAUGGCGUUAGGGGUCGCGUCAAGCGUGGUGUCACUCGUCGCCUUCGUGGGGGCCCACGGGUUCUACAUGGGCAUUAGGGCAUGGGCAAAUUGCUAG